UGCUUUGUUUCUGCUGCACCUGCUUCCCUGGAACCAGCCCAACCCCAGCUUGUCACAAUGACUCAGCAGAUGUCUGCUGUAAGGACCUUUAUGGGAGGAAGAAGAUUCAGUUCUGCAUCUGCUAUGUGUGGACUAGGCGGGCACAGAACCUAUGUCGCCUCCAUGCGCCAUCGAGUUGGAAAUGGAUGUAGGGUCCAUGGCUUCAGCAGCCAAAGUCUUUACAACAUGGGCAGAAGCAGAAUUUCCUGUGGUAGUUAUGGGGUUGGAAAUGAUGGCUGUGGUAGCCUGGUGUAUGGUGCCAGGGUUGGUCAUAAUGGCCCUAGAAUUUAUGACUCUAUUGGAAGUUGUGGGCCUUUCAGAGGAUAUUCUAACUUCAGGGGUGAUGGUAUCCAUGGAGUCAGGAUCAAUGAGAAGCUCCUGAAGCCUCUACAUGUGGGAGUUGACCCAGAAGAACAUGAAGUACGAAAUCAUGAAAGGGAAGAGAUGAAGAACCUCAACAACCAGUUUGCUUGCUUCAUUGAUAAGGUUCGGAAUCUAGAGCAGCAGAACAAGAUUCUCGAAACAAAGUGGAACCUCUUGCAAGAGCAUGUCAUGCCAGCAAGGAAAAACCUUGAACCAUACUAUGAGAAUUUCAUCAGCAACAUGAAGAAGGAAUUAGAUUGUUUGCUACAUGAAAGAGAACAUUUAUCAAGUGAAGAGGAUGCCAUUCAGCAUUUGGUAGAGGAACUCAAGUGCAAAUAUGAAGAGGAAUUCAAAAGACGUACAUCAGCAGAAAAUGAAUUUGUACUACUCAAGAAGGAUGUAGACUCCAUCUCUCUGAGCAAGACAAAGCUGGAAGGGAAAGUGGAUUUGCUGAGACGGGAACUUGAAUUCCGCAGAUGUGUUUAUAUGGAGGAACUAGCACAGCUGGACGGCCAUGUCUGCAACACCAACAUCCUUUUGCAAAUGGACAACAGCCGAGACUUGGACAUGGACCUCAUCAUCAAAAAUGUUGAGGCCUGGUAUCAGAGCAUUGCCCAGAGGAGCAAAGAAGAAGCCAAUGCUUUCUAUGAAAACAGAUUCCAAGAGCUUCAGGAACAAAGAGGAAAAUAUUCAUACGAUCUGAAGAUCAACCGGCAUGAGAUUGCAGAUCUUACCCGCCUGGUCCAUAAGUUGCAGUAUGAGCAUGAUGCUAUUAAAAAGCAGGUUGGUACUUUGCAAACAUCCAUUUGUGAUGCUGAGCAACGUGGAGACUGUGCUCUUAAAGAUGCUCGGGACAAGCAUAUUGAGCUACAGACUGCUCUACCGAAGGCUAAGGAUGGCCUAGCUGGGUUGCUGAGGGAUUACCAUGAACUUCUCAACACCAAAUUGGCUCUGGAUAUUGAGAUUGCUACAUAUAAGACACUGCUGGAAGGGGAGGAGAGCAGGAUAUGCACAGGAAAUCUUGUCAGUGUCGAUGUGGUCAAGCCCCCCUAUACAGAAGGCUCAGCUCGGUUCAUUUCUUCAGGUGGAUAUGGUCGUAUAGGUGGAGGACUCAGUGGAGGAUAUGGCCAGGGAUAUAGUGGAGGAUAUGUUGCAAGAGACCAUGGAAGAUACCACAAAAACUACAGCUCCAGAAGUGUUGAAAACUACUCACGGACUGGAGAUAGCAAAGCAACUACGAGACCCACCUUUGCAGAUGCAGAAUUCUACCCGGGAACAGUAUCCAGCUCCUGGAUUUUUUCUCAUUUUGCUGGUAAACCAAGUACUCCUGUAGGCACUGACAGCUCCUCAGCAAGAGGAGAGGUGGGCAUAAGUGUAGAUUGCAGCCCAGGUGCAGGACUUAGCUCAGGAAGCACACAAGGAUCAGUCAGCAAUGUAGGUGGGGGGCAUGCCACUGGGAAUAUAGGAGGAAGUGGCUUCACACCAGCAGGGGCCAUCCCAUUUGGGACUGGACGAUUGGGACCUAGGAUUGUAGGUGGUCCCAUGGUGGCGGGUUGCCAGCCUGGAGUUGCAUCAGGUGUUGGCUUUGGGAAUGUAGGUAUCCAAUGUGUAGGCGGUCCAGCUAUAGGGGGUAUAGCUUUUUGGGGAAAACCCUGUGUAGGAGCUCCUGUUGGGGUGUGUUAUCCUGGAGCAGCAGGUGCCCCUGUUGGGGUGUGUUAUCCUGGAGCAGCAGGUGCCCCUGUUGGGGUGUGUUAUCCUGGAGCAGCAGGUGCCCCUGUUGGGGUGUGUUAUCCUGGAGCAGCAGGUGCCCCUGUUGGGGUGUGCUAUCCUGCAAUUUAAAAAUCUUCAUACACAAACUAACAAUUUUUGAAACAAUCUACUGGCAAAAGCAGUGAUCAGAGCCCCCCCCCAUGCUAUAGGAUUUCAUGGAUCAUGAAAUCUUUGUAACAAUAUUCAUGCUUUCCUUGGUCAUUUUGUAUUUGCACCCCAAUGAUUCUAUUUCAUCCUUAAAGUAAAGUAUCUGCUACUGAGUCCUAUAUGGUCUCCCCACCUCUUGGUGCCUUUUUGUUUUUGGCACUGGCAUCUUCAUGAAACAUACCCUCAGUAAAAUACAUUUUCUUUCUUUUUAAGAAAAUAUGAACCAAUGCAUAGGGUGUUUUUUUUCUGUAAUAGACUGGGCUGUACUAAAGACAUUUUUAAUCUGUGUUAUGGAGAACCUUAAUUGACAUACCGUCACUUUAGAACCAUUGUGAUCAGGGCAUAUUUUGGUAAAAAAAUGAGGUGCCAGUACUCAUACCUUGAUAAAAGUGCCAUGGAUGCCAGCACAAAAUAGCUGCUAUGGGCAGCAAAAAAAAAAAAAAGGUGGCAGUACUCCAUACCAGUGAGUGCUGCCUCCUCAAAGCCCUGAUUUUGACUAAUAUAAGGAUAUUAUAGGCACCACCACCACCAGGGUCUUAAUUCCCUUCGUGUGCUUUGAUUACAAAUGUUCUCCGCUUAUAUUGGUAAUGUUAAGUGUGAAGUCAUUUUAAGCAUCAUUUGAGAUAUAAAACACAAUUUGGUAAGCAGAAAACAACUUCAGAAAUCCAAAUGUACAAAGUCAACGAGCAUUCUCACAAAAUUUCUGUUCGAUUUCUACUGCAAAAUGGGAGGGGUGCAGCAUAUAGAAUUCGUUGGGAAGGACAACAAUGGUGAAAGUGGGUGAAGGGAAAAUGAAGAUCAAUAAUAGCUAUAGCAUGUAAGGGCAGAGAGAAAAAUGGUGUCUACUGAAAAAGAUAAAUCAGAAUAAGAACCCUAGCCUCUUCCUGUGACUACCAAAGGCACUAACACCUGCCUUCCUGCCCUCGCCACAAACACACACUUUUGAAUGCUCAAACUUACACAGAGACUUUUCUUCCAUCAUCAUGAGGACUAGAGACCUGCUCCUUUAAAAAAGAAAUGGAAAACUAGAAGAGGUUUGUCUCAGGAUUCUUUUUGUGCCAUCACAUGCAGUCCCUGUCAUGUUGAUUCUCUCCACAUUCAGGUUCCCUAGUUAUGUAUCAGCAAUAAUGAUUCUCCUUUAUUGCAAAUUAUGGGCUUCCCCUCAAAAUUGCCUUUCACAGCAAGAACAGUACAUUUAAAUUGAGCUUUUUGUGGAAGAUCAAGAAGCCAUCGCCUUAUAUCUUUUUGGGUUUGGGCCAUUGUUUAAAAUGUAUUAGAUUACACAGCUUUGUACUUCUCCAUGAGGUUGGUGUUCUUCCAAAGUGUUCUUCCCAGAUCCUCUGCCUACUUGUGAAUUGUUUGGUGUUGGUGGGUACCUCUUAUCUCAGUGGAUAAAGUUGUUACAACAUGACAUGUGGCUUUGCACGUUGCCCAAAAUCCCUAUGUUUCUGCUGUUGCCUACAAUAAAAUGCAUGCAUAAUUAAA